CCUCCGGCCCGGCGCCGCGCGCGUGCCUGCCGCCCAGCGCCGCCUCAGCCGUGCGUCCCGCGGCCGCAUCCCGGGGUCUCCUCGCGAGCCGCAGCGCCCGGCGACAUGGCGCGCAGCCACCGCCUCCUGCUGGAGAACGCGCGGCAAGUGGUGCUGGUGUGCGCCCGCGGCGAGCGCUUCCUGGCGCGGGACGCGCCGCGCGGCCUGGCGGUGCUCGAGGGCGCCAGCCUCGUGGUGGGCACGGAUGGCCUUAUAAAAGCCAUUGGUCCUUCUGAUGCUAUCCAAAAACAGUUUUCUGAAGAAACAUUCGAAGAAAGAAUUGACUGUUCUGGGAAAUGCAUCUUGCCAGGUUUGGUGGAUGCACACACACAUCCAGUGUGGGCUGGUGAAAGAGUUCAUGAGUUUGCAAUGAAGUUGGCAGGAGCCACGUACAUGGACAUUCACCAGGCUGGAGGAGGAAUCAACUUCACUGUGGAGCACACACGCCAAGCCUCGGAGGAGGAGCUUUUCAUGCUCUUCCAGCAGCGGCUGCAGUGCAUGGUGAGGGCUGGGACCACACUGGUAGAGUGCAAGAGUGGAUAUGGCCUCAACCUGGAGACUGAGCUCAAGAUGCUGCGUGUGAUCGAGCGUGCCCGGCGGGAGCUGGAUGUGGGCAUCUCAGCCACUUACUGUGGGGCUCACUCAGUGCCAAGAGGAAAAACUGUGGCAGAAGCUGCUGAUGACAUUGUCAAUAACCACCUCCCAAAGCUGAAGGAACUUGCCAGAAAUGGGGACAUACACAUUGAUAAUAUAGAUGUGUUCUGUGAGAAGGGCGUCUUUGAUCUUGAUUCCACCCGAAGGAUUCUUCAAAGUGGGAAAGAUAUAGGGUUGCAGAUUAACUUCCACGGGGAUGAACUACACCCAAUGAAGGCUGCCGAGCUCGGGGCUGAACUGGGAGCCCAGGCCGUCAGUCACCUGGAAGAAGUGAGCGAUGAAGGCAUCGCUGCCAUGGCAACGGCCAGGUGCUCUGCUGUCCUUCUGCCCACCACGGCCUACAUGCUGAGACUGAAGCAGCCUCGAGCCAGGAAGAUGUUAGAUGAAGGGGUAAUAGUUGCCCUGGGCAGUGAUUUCAAUCCUAAUGCAUAUUGCUUUUCAAUGCCAGUGGUCAUGCAUCUGGCCUGUGUAAACAUGAGAAUGUCCAUGCCUGAGGCCUUGGCUGCUGCCACCAUCAAUGCAGCAUAUGCACUGGGAAAAUCUCACACACAUGGAUCUUUGGAAGUCGGUAAACAGGGAGAUCUCAUUAUCAUCAACUCAUCCAGAUGGGAGCAUUUGAUUUACCAGUUUGGAGGCCAUCAUGAAUUAAUUGAGUAUGUUAUAGCUAAAGGAAAAAUCAUCUAUAAAAAAUGAUAGAUCUGAAAGGAAAGAGAAGUCUCUUUGGCUGUAUAAAAUAAGUCAAGACAGUGAUAUUAAAAGUUAAAAUACUGUAGUAGUUUACUAGAAUGAUGUCACUGAAAUUUAUUUCAGUGUUUUAUUAAUCCACUCAAUAAAAAUGAAGGGAUUAAUUUAUUUUAAUGUAAUGUGCACCUGGAUAUAUAAACAAGUAAACCAAUUGUGAUGAUAAUAUCAAAACAUUAAAUCAUUUCACAAAGAUUUGUUACAAAUACUCUGAAGGUUCAUAUGAUGAAGUAUCACAAAAAUGCCUUUGUGGAAAAAAGCAAAUUGCCAAUUAAGUAGACAUGACUUGAAAUCCCCAUUUGGUUUCUUCUUUGCAAAUUUCAAUUUUUAACCUAUAGUUAGUGAAAAUUGGGGGAUGGUGGGAAAUCCAACUGCUAUGUCCCAAAUUACACUAAAGUGUAGCUUUCUGUAAUAAGCAAAUGAUUUUUCCUUUACCAAGAUAAUUUGUCUUUCUAGAUGCUUUUCAAAUGCAUUAGGGUCCCCUUGGAGGGUGUCCUUCUGCUGUAAUUUCUUCUCAACCCAAGCAGUGGAGCUUCACAGCGGAGUUCAAGACUCAUCAUUUUAUAUAUGGGUUUAGGGGCCUUCCUAUAACGGGUGCAUUUUGACCAAAUCCAAUAAUGUAGUCUUUUAAAAUUGUUUUAAAGUUUUUGAUUCUUUACAUAACUCAUGUAUUAAAAAAAAGAAUUGUAGGUCUCAAUAAAUAUUUGCUGUCACUA